AUGCCCAAGAAUAAGGGAAAGGGAGGAAAGAAUCGUCGUAGAGGGAAAAAUGAGAACGACAAGGAAAAGCGUGAGCUCGAUUUCAAGGAGGAAGGCCAAGAAUACGCCCAGGUCCUUAAGAUGCUCGGAAACGGGCGGCUUGAGGCACUCUGUUUCGACGGCUCGAAGCGCCUGGCACAUAUUCGCGGAAAGCUCCGGAAGAAAGUCUGGAUAAAUCAAGGGGAUAUAAUCCUUCUAUCGCUCCGCGACUACCAAGAUGGAAAGGGUGAUGUAAUCCUCAAAUACUCUGCCGACGAGGCGCGUUCUCUAAAGGCAUAUGGUGAGCUGCCAGAAAGCGCUAAGAUCAACGAAACCGACACCUACGGUCAAGAUGGAGGUGAGAAUUGCGGCUUCGAGUUUGACGAAGAUAGAAGCGGGAGUGAAGAUGAGAGCGAAGAUGUGAAAACCAAAGAUAUUGAUAUUGAUGAUAUCUAA